CGGACACCUGAAGGUCGGGUUCGUUACGGCGGUCACUGUAAGUCGCCCUAUAAACCACAACAACAACACUGCUGUUUGUGAAAACUUGAGAGAACUAAAGAGGAAGUAGAGCGUCCAUUUUACGGUCAUCGUAGUAGCUGAGACUGGUACUUGUAGUGCCAAUACUUCAGGACAUCCUGGUAGCAGAAACUGGCACUUGUAGUGCCAAUAAUUCAGGACAUCCUGGUAGCAGAGAAAUUAUUCUUGUAGUGUCAAUUUUCAUUAUCAUAAAGCUCCUUUAAGUGUCCAAUACUGAAAUGUAUAUUAGUGGCAACACAAUGUUACUACAGUGUUAGAAAUAUAGUGACAACACUGUGUUACUACAGUGUUAAAAUAUAUAGUGACUGUGUUACUACAGUAUUACAAAUGUAUAGUGACAACACUGUUACUAUGGUGUUAGAAAUAUAUAGUGACAACACUGUGUUACCAUAGCAUUAGAAAUAUAACAUUUACAAUGUCAUCAGUGUUAUGAAUUUGCUGUGUAACAUCGUAACAUCCAAUUGUUUCUCAUCAACUUAGCAUCCUACUGUUACAAAUCAACUUAACAUUCUGUUACACAUCACCUUAACAUCCUACUGUUAAACAUCACCUUAACAUCCUACUGUUAAACAUCACUUUAACAUCCUACUGUUAAACAUCACCUAACAUCCUACUAUUAAACAUCUACUUAACAUCCUACUGUUACACAUCACCUUAAUAUCCUACUGUUACACAUCAUCUUAACAUCCUACUGUUAAACAUCACCUUAACAUCGAACUAUUAAACAUCACCUUAACAUCCUACUGUUAUGCAUCACCUUAACAUCCUAUUAUUAAACAUCACCUUAACAUCCUACUUUUAAACCUUUUAAACAUCACAUUAACAUCCUACUGUUAAACAUCACCUUAGCAUCCUGCUGUUAAACAUCACCUUAGCAUCCUACUGUUAAACAUCACCUUAACAUCCUGCUGUUAAACAUCACCUUAACAUCCUGCUGUUAAACAUCACCUUUACAUCCUGCUGUUAAACAUCACCUUUACAUCCUGCUGUUACACAUCACCUUAAUAUCCCACUGUUACACAUCACCUUAAUAUCCUACUGUUACACAUCACCUUAACAUCCUACUGAUACACAUCACCUUAACAUCCUAUUGUUUCACAUCACCUUAACUUCCUACUGUUACACAUCACCUUAACAUCCUGCUGUUAAACAUCACCUUAACAUCCUACUGUUAAACAUCACCUUAACAUCCUGCUGUUAAACAUCACCUUAACAUCCUGCUGUUAAACAUUACCUUAACAUCCUACUGUUAAACAUCACCUUAACAUCCUGCUGUUAAACAUCACCUUAACAUCCUGCUGUUAAACAUUACCUUAACAUCCUACUGUUAAACAUCACCUUAACAUCCUGCUGUUAAACAUCACCUUAACAUCCUACAGAAAUGCAUGCUGUGUUUAUUUUGUAUUGUUUUCAAAUUAGAAUUUGUUGAAUUUUGUGUAAAAUUAAUCAAACUAGCAUCUUUUAUGUACUUUAGCCAGUGUGAAAAAGCUUAGAAUUUGUUCAGAAUAAGCAAAUGAUUUUUGUGUAUAUUAGGCCUCAGAGUGAGUGAAAUUGCUGAUGUGCAAAUUGUGCUCAGAUUGCCAACUUCGUGCCUCCGUAAUUCCACAAGUUUGCAUUAAAUUUUGUGUUUUUGGGGGUCAUUACUAUACCUGGAGUUUACCUGGAGAGAGUUUCGGGGGUCAACGCCCCCGCGGCCCGGUCUGUGACCAGGCCUAUAACAAAAAGUUUCUCUACAAUUUCUGAAGAAAUUUAUUUUUCCUUGAAAAAAUCCUGACACUGCAAGCACUUUUAAUUUUGAGGAUUCUGAUAGUAAAAGGGUCAAGCUAUUGUUCACUAUGUCUGAUAUACUUGAAAAAGAAUGUCUUCAAGCAACACACAGAACAGUUCAUGCAGAACUCAAACUAUGUCAGUAUUCACAUUCCUCACAAAAAUCUCAGCAUGCAUCACUUAUAACAGUUAAUAAAAGCAAAAAAACAGUUCACUGUUUAGUGUGUUUGAAAGAGUUUUCUAAAAAAAAGUAUUUAAUGAGACAUAUGAAAAUUCAUACGAGUGAGAAACAGUUUCAGUGUUCUGUGUGUCUAAAAAAGUUUGCCAGAAAAUAUAUUUUAGUAGAACAUAUGAGGAUUCAUACUGGAGAGAAACCAUAUCACUGUUUAGAGUGUCUAAAAGGAUUUUCACAAAAAUCUCAUUUAGUACAGCACAUGAGAAUUCAUACUGGGGAGAAACCAUAUCACUGUUCAGAGUGUAUAAAAGUGUUUGCAGAUAGAUCUACUUUAGUAGAACACAUGAGAAUUCAUACUGGAGAAAAACCUUAUCAAUGUUCAGAGUGUCUAAAAGGGUUUUCACGAAAAUCUUGUUUAGUAAAACACACAAGAGUUCACACUGGAGAGAAACCAUAUCAAUGUUUGGAGUGUAUAAAAGAGUUUUCACAAAAAUCUAAUUUACUCCAACACAUGAGGAUUCAUACUAGAGAGAAACGAUAUCAAUGUUCAGAGUGUACAAAAGAGUUUUUAGAUAAAUCUACCUUAGUAGAACACAUGAGAAUUCAUACUGGAGAGAAACCAUAUCAGUGUUCAGAGUGUCUAAAAGGAUUUUCACGAAAAUCUUGUUUAGUAAAACACACAAGAAUUCACACUGGAGAGAAACCAUAUCAAUGUUCGGAGUGUAUAAGAGAGUUUUCACAGAAAUCUAAUUUACUCCAACACAUGAAAAUUCAUACUAGAGAGAAACGAUAUCAAUGUUCAGAGUGUAUGAAAGGGUUUUCACAGAAAUCUAGUUUAGUAAAACACAUGAGAAUUCAUACUGGAGAGAAACCAUAUAAGUGUUCAGAAUGCCUCAAGGCAUUUCUGGAUAAAUCUAAUUUAGUAAAACACCUGAGACUUCAUGCUAGUUAGAAAUCAAAUCAGUUCAAUUUCUAAGUUUUCUCACAAAAAUCAAACUGAUCGAAACACAAAGAGCCAUAUGGGAGGAAAAAUUUGCAGUGGACAGUGUGAGCAGAAGACGUUAUAUGUGCCAGUAAUUAAUGUGCAUGAACAUUACUUGGAGAAAAAAUGGAUUUUUGUCUUUCAAAUGUCUAAAUGAUCAUUUACAAAAAUUUAAAUUAGCUGUAUAUUGGUGUAGGUUAAUAAGUAUUAUUCAUACAUGAAAGCUUCUCUUGGUGUGAGUUAAUUAACAGUAUGCAAGAAACUUCUUUUCAUGGUGUUGGUAAAUUAACAGUAUUUAUAAAAGCUUUUGCUAAGUGUAUUUUCGUAGAAUAACUGGAUCUUUGGUGUCACUUCACAGGAGAUGCAUUUCAUCCAAGAAAUUGGCAUUACCUUCCCUUUCCUUGGAUCCAAUCUGAUUGCCUCCCAUUUCUCUGGUGGCCUGUGGCCUGGUGGCAAAAGCUCUUGCUUCACACAGUGAGGGUCCAGGUUCGAUUCUUGGCAAAGGGUGGAAACAUUGGGUGUGUUUCCUUAGACCUGUUGUCCCUGUUCUCCUAUCAAUAAAAAUUGGUACCUGGGUGUUAGUCGACUGAUGUGGGUCGCAUCCCGGUACAAAAGUGACCUAAUUUGCCUGAAAUGCUCUGCAUAACACGUGGCUUUCUGUAUGCUAGUAUGUUGCUGAUGUCGGCUAGGCCUGUAUACUUUAUACAUUUAGAAAUAAAGAUAUCAUUAUCCUAGUGAGUUUAGUGUUUCCUUCUCAUUAAAAUAAUAUUUUCUUUUAACACAGUGACUGUUUCUUGCAGUGGGAAGAUGACCUGAAAAGGAAGAAACACUUUCUUCAUUACUCACUCCAUCACUGUCUUGCUAGAGGCAUGCCAGUACUAAACUUUAAACACUUCAACACAAUUCUACCUCUCUUUCAAAGUGCAGAUACUGUACCUCCCACCUCCAAGACUCAAGUUGGGCUAAUUGGUUUCCCUGAAUUUCUUCAUAAAUGUUACUUUUCUCACUCAAACAGCACAUCAAGUCAUAAAAACCCUUUUCCUUUCACUUUCAUGCAUACUAUAAGUCCAAAACCCUUUCAUACAAAACCUUAAAACCCUCCUUCCAACCUUUCCUAGGAAAACCCUUAUCCCUCCUUUCAGUACAUAUUUAUAUGCCCUCCAAGUCAUUCUAUUCUGUUUCAUUCUCUAAAUUUACAAACCACCUCAACAACCCCUCUUCAGCUAUAUGCAUAAUAUUUUAGUAACCCCACUCCUUCUAAUCUCCAAAUUGUGGAUUCUCUGCAUAAUAUUCAUACCACAUGUGAAAAAUUGCAUUUUUCUGAAUGUAUCAUUAUGUACAUAACAGUAAAUGAACAAAGAUAAUUAUUAUUUAUCAGUUAGACAAGUAGGAAUUUGGGACACCUAGGUCGCAAAAAAUGUCCCCCUUCGAUACCUAUCACUGUCAUAUCCACAAGUUGCUCUGGACCUAUUAAUUACAAAUGAAAAAUACAUCACCAGGAAUGCUGGUAAACAUAUAAAUUUGUGGACUGUAUAUUAAAUUAAUAAAGAAUUAUAUAUAUACACAUUUACAUAACAGAAGGAGAACAUCUUAAAAUCACUCACCAAUUUGACUGGAGAUUAAUGUGUCAUGUACAGGACCCCCCUCCCCUUUUGCCUACAUUUAUGAAAAAUUUACUGGCCAGAUUUUAAACAUAAAUUAGACAGCUUAUCUGAGAUUCCUGGAGUUGUCCUCUCCUGUCGCCUGAUACUCAAGUUAUGCAGGAAUGCACAUCCAACAAUUUCGCCUCCUAUUUGAGAGGUGUCAGCCCAAAUUUAACCUCUAGAGCACGAAAAAUUCUUCCCAUUACUAAUGUCUGUUACUCAGUUCAAAAACAAAAAUGGCAAGUGUCCUUCUGCGCAUGCGCAGCUUCCCGUUUUCGAUAACAUAAAUUUUAUUAAAUACAGUAUGGCCAUCUAUUUACAUAUAACUACUGUAUGUCUGGAAAAUAUAUACAGUAUUUUCCACACUGCGGCCGGGCGGAGUUCGUUGCUAAACUAUUCAAAUUGCUCAUUUGGCAAUGGUGGAGGACCUGGGUACAUAUAAGAUCUGGCAUCCACACGGCAACAUAUUACACAAGAUUUAAUCACCCUUUUUACACUUUGCCGUCCUUGUGGAAUCCAGAAAGUUUCCCUUAUACAAUUUAAGGUAUCUUGUACCCCACCAUGCAUUACAUUUUUAUUGGCAUUUAGAACAAUUAAAUUUGUUAGAUGAUGAGUUUUGGGCAGUAAGAUAGGGUGUUUAGCAUACUCACCCAAUUCAGCAUUUUGUAACCUACCUCUGCACCUAAUUACAUUGUUCUCUAAAUACAGCCCCAAUUUCUCUAUUAUGGAACCUUUCACAAUUUUUCUUUCCAUCAUCAAUUUAAUCUCAUUCCAUAGAUUUCCUCCUGUACCCUCUUUAUCCAAUAUUCAAGAGGAUGUGAAAACUUAAAUGAAAUAUUCAUCUUGUUUAGAAAUUUAAACACCAACUUAGUUACAUUGAUUUGUUUGGGUAAAGAAGAAUACCUAUUUAUAUCAAUGGCUAAGGAAGGACAAACUAUUGGAGUGGUGGUCACAGUAAUUUCAACAGGAGCAAUAUACACCUUUUGUACAGGCCAAUUAGCUUUAUUUACCAACCAGCUCGGUCCUUUAAACCAUGAUACAGCAUUUACAAAUUUAGCAUAAGAUAAACCUUGAGACAAGAAAUCAGCUGGAUUCUCCUCACCAGGUAUAUGAUUAAAUGUUAACAUAUGUUGACCCAAACUAUUAUACUUCUCUUGCAUCUGAUUAAUUUCAGCGACUCUGUUUUGCACGUACACAAUUUUACUGUUUCCAUUAUGAAUCCAUUGUAAGGAUACCUCAUUAUCACACCAAAUUACAGUGUCGCUAAUAUUUAUCUCCUGCAACUUAUUUCUUAUAUAACUAGCUAAUUUGACACCUACAUAAAUGGCUGUUAAUUCCAACUGAGGUAAGGUACGUGAUUUAAUUGGAGACACUUUACCCUUUUAGACAUAACAAGAGAAAUAACACUAUUACAUUGAAGAUAAGCAACUGCUCCAUAUGCCAAUUUUGAAGCAUCACAAAAAAUGUGGACUACAUUUUUCCCAUUUGGAUUGGCCACCUGGCGUGGGAACUCCAACAUUGGAAUAUUUUCAUAAUCACCAAUUAAUUCAUCCCACCUGUUAAUGAAUUCCUCAGGUAGAAUUUCAUCCCAAGCACAUUUAAGUUUCCAUGCUUCUUGUAUUAAUAAUUUUCCUCUUAUAGUAAGGGGUGACACUAAACCUAGUGGAUCAAAACAUUUGGAAACUUCAGCAGGCAAAACUCUCUUAGUUAAUUUAUUGAGCAUACUGUAAUUAUUAGGUUUUAACAUUAACAAAUCUCUCUCAGUAUCCCAAGUUAAUUCCAAUACAUUACUACAUUUUGGCACUUCAUCUCCAGGGUAAUCUGUAUUUAUUUUGUCCUUUAAUUUGGACGAAUUACUAUUCCAUUCUCUCAAAGGCAUAUUUGCACUUUGCAUUAUUUUAUUAGCCUCUCCAUAAGUCAUUAACAGUUCCUCUUCAGUUGACGUCACACCCAGGAAAUUGUCCACAUAAAAUUGUUUGCUCAUUACUUUACUCAAUGGACUUCCCAUACGUUUAAGGUGUGCAUUUAUUGUCGCUUGAAGUAGGAACAGACUGGAUGUUGCACCAAAUAAUACUCUCCUAAAGCGAAAGGUUUUCAGAGGGCUAAGUGGGUCAAUAGGAUUCUCAGGCCAUAAGCGGGUACACUCCUGGUCAGCCUCUUGUAAACCCACUCUUAGGAAAGCUUUACUUAUGUCAGCCGUAAAGGCAUAAUGCUUCACUCUGAAAUUUAAUAAGAUAUCUCCUAAUUUUUCCGUCAACGACGGACCUGUCAUCAAACAGUCAUUUAAACUAGGUACAUUUUUGUUACUCCUGGCACUACAAUUAAACACAAUCCUCAAAGGAGUG